AGUGACGUCAUAGCGCGAUGGCGGCGGCUCCUUUAGGCAGCUGAAGGGGGAUUUAGGCCCGGAAGAUCCGAGUCCAUCCGCGGCGGGGAGAGGGCGAGCGGGGCCGGCGGGGGCCGGAGCAGCGGCGGCGGCGCUCGGACUGUCCCAUCCGCCCCGUAUUGAGGCGCUGGGAGCGGCGGGGCGGCCGGAAAGCGAUGGUGAAAGCGGGGCCGUGAGGGGGGCGGAGCCGGACCGGACCCGCAGUAGCGGCAGCAGCGGCGGCGCCGCCUCCCGGAGCGCAGACCCAGGAAGCGGCCGGGCGGGCAGGAGCGAGCCGCACCGCCGCCAUGGAGCUGAGGGUCGGGAAUCGGUACCGGCUGGGCCGCAAGAUCGGCAGCGGCUCCUUCGGAGACAUCUAUCUCGGUACGGACAUUGCUGCAGGAGAAGAAGUUGCCAUCAAGCUUGAAUGUGUCAAAACCAAACAUCCUCAGCUCCACAUUGAGAGCAAAAUCUAUAAAAUGAUGCAAGGAGGAGUGGGCAUCCCCACCAUCAGGUGGUGUGGGGCCGAGGGGGACUACAAUGUCAUGGUGAUGGAGCUGUUGGGACCAAGCCUGGAAGACCUCUUCAACUUCUGCUCCAGGAAGUUUAGUCUCAAAACUGUUCUGCUGCUCGCCGACCAAAUGAUUAGUCGUAUUGAGUAUAUUCACUCCAAGAACUUCAUCCACCGAGAUGUGAAGCCAGACAAUUUCCUCAUGGGGCUGGGGAAGAAAGGCAACCUAGUCUACAUCAUUGACUUUGGGCUGGCCAAGAAGUACCGGGAUGCCCGCACCCACCAGCACAUCCCCUACCGAGAGAAUAAGAACCUCACGGGAACGGCACGCUACGCCUCCAUCAACACGCACCUCGGAAUCGAACAAUCUCGAAGAGACGACUUGGAGUCUCUGGGGUACGUGCUGAUGUACUUCAACCUGGGCUCUCUCCCCUGGCAGGGGCUGAAGGCUGCCACCAAGAGGCAGAAGUACGAGAGGAUCAGCGAGAAGAAGAUGUCCACCCCCAUUGAAGUGCUUUGCAAAGGCUAUCCGUCUGAAUUUGCCACGUACCUGAAUUUCUGCCGUUCACUGCGCUUCGAUGACAAGCCCGACUAUUCCUACCUGAGACAGCUCUUCAGGAACCUGUUCCACCGCCAGGGCUUCUCCUACGACUAUGUGUUCGACUGGAACAUGCUCAAAUUUGGUGCCAGCCGGGCUGCGGAUGACGCUGAGCGGGAGCGCCGGGACCGGGAGGAGCGACUGAGACACUCGCGGAACCCAGCUACCCGUGGCCUCCCUUCCACAGCUUCUGGCCGCCUGCGGGGAACCCAGGAAGUGGCUCCCCCUACGCCCCUCACCCCUACCUCACACACAGCCAACACCUCUCCUCGGCCUGUCUCUGGCAUGGAACGAGAGCGAAAAGUGAGCAUGCGGCUGCAUCGUGGGGCCCCGGUCAACGUCUCCUCAUCCGAUCUCACGGGCCGGCAAGAUACCUCUCGCAUGUCCACCUCACAGAAUAGCAUUCCUUUCGAACACCACGGCAAGUAGCUGCUCGUCUCCGUUGGAAGGCAGCACUGGAUUCCCGGUCGGGUGGCUUCCAGUGGUCUUCAGUCUGUCGUGCACCGAUGAGAACUCUCCUUUUUGCUGUGAAGGGCAGACAAUGCAUGGCUGAUCUACUCUGUUACCAAUGGCUUUACUAGUGACACGCCCCCCGGUCUAGACCCGAAACGUUCACGCCGGGAGCUCUCCAGGCCACUCACCCAGCGACGCCCAUGGGGAAUCAAAACACAAACUAGACGGACAGGCUCCACGAGCUGCCAUCGCCAGGGGCCGCCCCCACGCCCCCACGUGAGCUCAGUUUUCACGGGUCUGGGAAGAAGAGCAGAGUAUGGGAGACCAUUGCAGAGAACCCGACUCCUGUCAAGAGCCUCUCGGCUCCCCCCAGUGGGGGCGACCUGCGCUCCCUGCCGAUCCCACCGCAGCUCCCCGUCUUCUACUUGGUUAAGACAGUUUUGUAUCAUUUUGCUAAAAAUUACUGGCUUAAAUCUGUGUAAAGAAAUCUGUCUUUUUAUUGUUUCCUUCUUGUCUGUGUUCGCGGUCUUAAAAGAAAAAGAAAGGUUGACCCUGAAGAACGCUCAGAGCGGCGCUGGCUUGGAGCUUCUGUGAGAGGCGGAGGCGGCGGAAGAGGCCCCCCGUCUGUCGGGCCGUGUUGUUUUUGUUUUCUAGUGUUGUGCUGUCUACUUUGGAGAGGAAAUUCUCAUCAAAAGUCAUGUGCGUGUGUGUGUCUUGUGGGUCUCCAUCCGCCCACUUUCGGCAUCUUGCUUACUGCCCUUCCCCACUGUACACUGAAAUCCCUGCCGUGGCCAGAGCAGGUUGAGUGAGGGUGCGGCGGGCAGGUCCCCAGCAGACGCCAGGCGGCCUUUCCAGCAGAGGCGAGACGAGUCGAGAACUCUGGAGAGCUCACCCUGACAGGCCGGCGAGGCCCAGCAAGACACUGGGGAGGUCCAAGGUUCCAAGUGGAGUGUGUGGUUUGGGCUUCUGAGGAAGGAUGGCGAGCCAGAACGUGGGGGUUCUGUCGGGGUCUGUGUCUGGUUAUGUUGAUGUUUGUUGCCUCCCAUGCCUUUGAAAGCACUGCCAGAUUGCACUGGUCUGUUGUCACCUCUCGAAGCCAAGGAGCAGGCUGUCCUGGGCGCCGUGGUUUGUCCAGAGAGACCAGCAUUUGAAGGGAAUCCACCUUGAAGUGCCACGCGGCAGCCGACUCCCCUCCACACGCCACCCCCAAUCCAGUGGUGUGACACACGUCUACAGCUGGACACCCGGGUGGGGCGAGCUGGGGGCUGGGCAGCCCUGCCACCGGUGAGAGUGCUCAGGCUCUUCCCCCCCUUCCACUCUGCCCACGUGGGGAGCAGCACUGACUGGCAUGGAUGGUCUCCCUUCCUUCUGGCAUCCUGUGCAGAGUUCCGCUGUGAACUGGGCUCUGGGGAGGGGGCCUUUCCAGGCUUCCGUGUCUCCCCUCCCACCUCCCCUGGCUCCCCGGGCUGACGCUGCGCCCGGGGGGUGCUUCCUAAUCCUGAAUGACUGCUCUGGACACUGGGGGGUGCAGGUCUGGAAAUGCAGGGGGGGCUCAGGGUUGGAGACAUUGUAACACUUCUUGUUGCAAACCCUUGGCCGGGGUGGGGCUUCCUCUCGGGGGUGAGCCGCCCGCAGCGGCCAUCGCAGAUGACGCGCAGGCGUCCUCGCCACUGCAGCCAGCCUGGCCCGCAGGCCGGACCCGCAGAUGGUGCUGGCAGUGGACCCAUCCCCAGUUGUUGAGGACGUGGCUGUGACGGUUCUUGCCUAAUAUUUAAUCCCCAUCAUCACUUGCAGGAAACGUAGUUAGAAUGUGUAUCAACCUGUGUCUUGGUGACCAGUCUGAGCUGUGCGUUUGUACUACCACUGUAUUUGUGUACUUUAACAAUUGUGUACAUAAUAAAUUCAUAAUGACUUCUACCUUUC